AUGUCGGACGAUACAGGGGUAGAUGUCAGCCAGCUCUCCGAUGAGCAGCAAGCGGCUCUACAGCAAUAUACGGCCGUCACUGCACAGGAAGUCAAGGAUGCGGUGCCCUUAUUGCAAAGGUCACAAUGGAAUGUACAAAUAGCAAUCGCCAAAUUCUUCGACGGAGAAGGUCCCGAUCUCCUGGCCGAAGCGCAAGCAGCUCAAAACGCGAUACCGCCGCCCGUCGCAGCACGACAUGAGAAUCUCCAAGAAUCCCUCUUGGCCGGCUCCUCGCCAUUCGGCCAGGUUCCGCGUCGAAACCGGCCGAACCCGGCACCCAGAGUUGUGCCGGCCCCCAUGACCACCCACAACCCUCCCCUCCUGCUGUCGAUUCUGUUCGGGCCCUUCAACCUGGGCUACCGCGCCGUCUCGACACUCUUCCGCACCUUCGUAUACAUCCUCUCCUUCCUCCCGGCGCCGAUCCGGCCGCGCGCGAUAACGACGAGCGUGACCUCGGGCUUCAAGGGAACCGCAGGGCGGCGCAUGCUCCUGCCGCGGGACACGGCGGCACGGUUCAAGCGCGAGUUCGAGGAGGAAUACGGGCCGGACACGGGCCUGCCGUUCGUGGAGACGGGGUUUGCGCAGGCGCUCGACGCGGCGAAGAAGGACCUCAAGUUCCUGCUCCUGGUGCUCGUGUCGCCCGAGCACGACGAUACCGAGGGCUUCACCAAGGACACGCUGCUGGCGCCCGAGGUGCGCUCGUUCGUCGCCGACCCGGACAACAACGUCAUCCUCUGGGGCGGCAACGUGCUAGAUUCGGAGGCCUACCAGGUGGCGCAGGAGUACAAUGCGACCAAGUUCCCCUUCUCGUGCCUCGUGUGCCUGACGCCCAAGGAGGGCAGCACGCGCAUGAGCAUCGUGAAGCGCAUCGUGGGCCCCGUCCCGAGCUCCACGUACCUCGCCGAGAUCCAGGCCGCCAUCAACAAGUACUCGCCAGACCUGGCGGUCGCUCGGGCGGAGCGCAGAGAGCAGGAGGCUGCGAGGAGCGUGCGCGCGGAGCAGGACAGCGCCUACGAGCGCAGCCUGGCGAGGGACAGGGAGCGAGCACGGCAGAAGAAGGAGGCCGAGGCGGCAGCCAGGGACGCCGAGAAGCAGGCGCUCGAGGAGGCCGCGGCGGCCGAGAGGCGGGCGCAGCAGAAGGAGCAGUGGCGCAGGUGGCGGGCCACGACGAUCGCGGCGGAGCCGGACGCCGGCGUCAAGGACGUGGUGCGCCUGGCGCUCAAGAUGCCCGAGGAGUCCGGCGCGGGCCGCAUCGUGAGGAGGUUCGCCGCCUCGACGACGGUCGGGGAGCUCUACGCGUUCGUCGAGUGCUACGACCUGCUCCGGGGUGAUGAGGAGAUCGAUGCGGAUCGGGAGGAGCCGGAGGGCUACGUGCAUGAGUACGCGUUCCGCAUUGCGGGACUAAUGCCCAGGGUUGUGUACGAGCCUAAUGAUUCCUCGACGCUGGGCGACAAGAUUGGCAGGAGUGGAAAUCUCAUUGUGGAGAGGAUUGUAGAUGAGCAGGAGCAGGAAGAUCAGGAUGAAGACGACGAGUAA